GGCGACGACGACGCGAGGGACGCGUACUUGGCGUGGUUCGCGAAGCAUCGAAGAGUGUUCGUCGAGCGGUGCGUGGGGUGCGUCGUGGACGGCGAGCUGGACGAGCGCGCGCGGUGCCUGGCGCUCGGGGUGAUCAUGGAGUGCGCGCGGUGCGAGACGCCGGGGAAGUUUUCGAAUGAAUUGUACGAGGACGCGCUGCGGCGCGCGACGCGGGCGAAAUCGUGGAGCGAGGCGCUGCUGGGGACGCUCAAGGCGAGGUAUCUGACGCGCGUGGACGUGCGGUAUCACACGUACGGCGCGAUGCGGAAAUUGGCGGAGGAAUUGAAGACGUACGCGCCGGGCGAGGGGGAGGCGGCGGCGGUGGACGUGGCGAGGAACGUGUACGACGUGCUCAACGCGACGCCGCGCGCCGUGAUCGAUCUCGAGGCGGCGAAAAAGAAGAGAAAGACGUCGGGCGGCGGCAAGCCAAAGUGGACCGAGGGCGCGCGGCAUCGACGCGCGUUCAGCGACGCCUGGCUCGCGCUGUUGCGCGCAGAUUUUCCCGAGGAUAUUUACCGAAAAAUUUUGAUGCGCCUGCACGUGGACGUGAUGCCGCACAUGGUGAAUCCGCAGUUGUUGAGCGAUUUUUGCGUCGAUUCCAUCGACGUCGGCGGCCUCACGGGGAUGCUCGCGUUGAACGGGUUGUUCAUUCUCAUGACGCAACACGGGUUAGAAUAUCCGACGUUUUACAACCGUUUGUACGAAUUGCUCGACGCAUCGUGCUUUCACGCCAAUCACCGUCGCGGUUUCUUCUCCCUCAUGGAUGUCUUCUUGAAAUCGCCCGCGUUACCGGCGUACUUGGUGGCGAGUUUCAUCAAGCGCUUUGCGCGACUGGCGCUGUCGGCGCCGCCGGCGGGCGCGAUGGUGUGCGUCGGAUUCAUUCAUAAUCUCUUGCGUCGGCACAAGUCGUGCGUGGUGCUCGUGCAUCGCGAGCGCGUCGAAGGCGAGGCGGCGAAACUCAUCGACGCCGACCCGUUUGACGCCGACGAGCGCGAUCCGGCCAAAACGAACGCGUUGAAGAGUUCGCUGUGGGAGGUCGAGACGCUCCGAGCGCACUACUUUCCGCAAAUCCCUAAAAUGGUAGCCUUGCUCGAGCGCGACCUCACCGACCGCGUGAAAACGAAAGAAUUAGAGAUGGGCGAUUUGUGCGGCGCGAGCUACGGCUCGCUCACGGCGGAGGAGUUGGACGCGCGGGUGAAAAAAGUCCCGCUCGCCAGUCGCGCCGAGCCUUUCACGUCCAUCUUUACCACGAGCGAAAUG